AUGUCAGUUCGCGCCGGCAGCGUGAGGAUUGCUUGCAGGACACGAUGUCGGGUCCCUGUGCCCGUUGCUGACCUGCCUGUCUUCUUAUGCCCUGGGUUGAUCGCCGCACCUCGAGCUCCACACCAACGACGACAGCUUCACUCAACCCCUGGUCAUCGGGCUGUCCUUGCGACUUCCACCCCUUCAGAGCUACCAAAAAGAAUAGAGUCUUCAAGCCAAGGCGCUUCAAUCACUAAAUUGCCUCUACAAUGUCCGGGCUGUGGUGCUCUUACGCAGACCAUCGACAGCGACGCCCCGGGCUACUAUAACUUGAAAAGAAGAUCUGUGAGCGCUUAUCUGAAGGGGGAGCAACCGACUUCGAGAGAAUCCGAAGAAGAUGCUAUAGUUGAGCAAUCGCUCCGGGCAGCAGCAGAGAAGGAUCCUAGCCUCUUGAGCCAGUUGGAACUUUUCACCUCCACACGUCGGCCCAAGACUGUAAAAGCUCCCGGGGUCCCUUUUUGUGAGCGUUGCCAUAAUCUCAAGCACCAUGACAAAGGCGUAUCUAUACACCACCCUUCUGUGCAAUCUCUGGAAGAUACAAUUUUCGAAUCUCCUCACAAGUACAAUCAUGUAUACCAUGUCAUCGACGCUGCAGAUUUCCCAAUGUCUCUUGUUCAGGGAAUACACAAGCUGCUAAACUUGACACCUCAAAGAUCCCUGAACAGACGUUCGAAGACAGGGAGGUUCUAUCAUGGCAGGAAGACGGAAGUUAGCUUUAUCAUUACUCGUUCUGAUCUUCUUGCACCUAAGAAGGAGCAAGUCGAUUCAAUGAUGCCGUACCUACGCAGUGUCCUGCGUACUGCGUUAGGGAGAGCAGGGAAUGAUGUCCGACUUGGGAAUGUUAGAUGUGUCAGUGCCAAACGAGGAUGGUGGAUUCGAGAGCUGAAAGAGGAUAUCUGGAGGCGUGGUGGGGGUGGUUGGAUGGUUGGAAAAGUCAAUGUUGGAAAGAGUAGACUGUUUCAUGAGGUCUUCCCAAAGGGCAGACGCGGAGACGUUGAUUCCGGGAAGCCCCUCACACCUGCCACGGCUCUGAAGAAAGGAGAGACUGAACCAGAAUCUACUAAUAUCGAGGAAAAUGCCAUCGCGGGCGCCAAAACAGACCUCGAAGGUCCAGCGGAUGAUAGCACCGCGCUCCCUGCGGAGGACAACAUGGUGGCCGAAUCAUCGAUGAGCGAAGAUUUAGAGGCUCAAGAAUCUGCUGCUGAAGCUCAGCUUCGUACGGUUGAACCUUUAGACACUACUUCCCUCCUUCCUCCUCUACCAGAAGAGACCGAUUAUCCCGAGAUGCCCCUCGUAUCCGCCCUCCCCGGCACCACCGCCUCCCCUAUCCGCGUACCGUUUGGCAACGGGAAGGGAGAGCUGAUCGAUCUUCCAGGUCUCUCUCGUGGGGAUAUUGAACUCCACGUCCAACCUGAACAUCGGCUUUCCCUCGUCAUGCGCUCCCGUGUCCGCCCUGAACAGAAAGUUAUUAAACCAGGGCAGUCUCUUCUCCUAGGUGGCUUCAUCCGCAUCACUCCUACGACUCCAGAUGUUAUCUUCCUAGCAUAUUCUUUUAAUCCUCUGAAGACGCAUGUGACGUCCCUUGAAAAAGCCAUUGGGAUACAGACUCAAACUCGGGAGUCGACGGUGGAGAACAUCGCGUUGCCUGGCGUAGGUGAGAAGAUUGCAUCAGCAGGAACGUUCCACUUGAAGUGGGAUGUCACGAAACAACGCACUGGCCCCAUAACCGAUCGUGCUGCUGUAGGUAUCCAACCCGAGCGGCUUCCAUAUCGAGUCAUGGGGGCCGAUAUCUUGAUUGAAGGCGUUGGAUGGGUAGAGCUCGUUGCACAGGUGAGGAAGCGACGUGGUGAACUUGCGCGCGCCUUUGAGGAAGGGAAAAAGGAAGAGAAAGACGAAGAUAAUUUCGAGUGGGAGGAGAAAGAGAAGAAAGAGGAAAUUGACCCGGACUGGCCUACAGUGGAGGUCUUUUCACCGGAAGGGAAGUUCAUUGCGACUCGGAUGCCCAUGAAUGCUUGGUCAUUCGUAGCGCAGAAGCCUUCUGAGAAUAAAUUGCACGGCAGGCCGAGAAGAGCUAUGAAAGGGACGAAAAAGGCUGAGAAGAAAAGGGCACGGAUGCAGGUCGCAGGUUCUGCGUAA